CACCGACGACUUUAGACGCCUGAUUCUACGACAUUUUCACAGUUUUGCAAGACACCAAGCUCAGAUAACCAAUUUCCAGUCAUAUAGCUCACGCGAGGCUGCGUCAGUUCUAAGCCGCAAUGCCCCUAUUUGAUACCCUCGACGCUUCUUUAGUCGACAGCCCGUUCCGCGGCCCAAAGUUCGUACCGCUGAGCAGCUUAAAAACCAUCAUCACCAAAGCCAGUGUGGAGCAGGAGUUGUCCCCUAUCACUCGACUUCGCAAUCCUCAACUGUCUCGCAAUAUCGUUAAAAACGCCCGGAAGGUCUUUUCCAUACUUGUCUUCAUAGACAAGGCUUCUGCCAUCAAAGAACUAUACAGAGACGGGCUCACGGACGAUCAGCUCCCUCUCUCAAGCAGGAAAGACGACGCUGGUCGUAUUACCCCGUUCGCUGACCAUGGAAAGAAAACAUUUGCUUCCUUCGGGAGCUGGAAGACCGUGUCCAUCAAAUCAUUUCUCGACAAGCAGUGGCUCUUGUUAUCACCCGUAUUUGACAAGACUGGGAGGCAUUUUGAUCUCAACCCCGCUUGUGCCUUACCAAUGUUCCAAGAGACAUUAGAGGUGGCCACUGGCCCCUACAACGCCGUACACCAAGGUUGGAUCCAUCCUGCCCACCAGCGAGUGUCCAAAGUGAGUGACGUACUUUUGCUCCGAGGAGGUGGAACAGCACUAAUAGAGUUGUUAACGAAUCAGCAUUGCGGAGAAAAUGGGCUUAGAGUCGCCCUCAAGGAGUUCAGGGGGGAAUUUAACAUAGCCAAGUCCAACUUUGAAAAGGAAUGGGAGAAUCUGAGUCACAUCCAACAGCACAACCACCCGCACCUCAUCAAGCAUAUCGCAACCUGGCAAGCCGGGAACAAGUUCUUCGUCAUGUUCGAAUGGGCCGACGGCGGAAGCCUCUGGGACUUUUGGGAGCGCGAGAAGCCCGGGGCGCCGAGCCAAGAGGUCGUCUUGUGGUCGUUGCGUCAGAUCCGCGGCCUCGUCAGCGCCCUCGAGGCUCUGCACAGCCUCAACUGCCGCCACGGCGAUCUCAAACCCGAAAACAUCCUCCAUUUUAGAGACCGCGGCGAGAAGCCCGAAAGCAGCAGUGGACGAGGCAUCCUGGUGAUGGCAGACGUCGGCGUUUCUCGAGUCCACAAGCAGAUGACGCACCUCAGAACCGGUCCGACCACCACCAGGGCCACGACGAUAUCGUACCAGGCCCCCGAGACCGACACGGACCCAUUGGUUGCGAGGUCCCGCGCCUAUGAUGCGUGGUCGAUUGGUUGUAUCUUGUUGGAGCAUAUCGUCUGGCUGCUGUACGGCCCUCAAGGCAUUGAGGGCUUUAGGAAACGCAGAGAGAGCAAGGCGUUUGACGGAACCUACCGCAGUGCCAAUUUCUACAGCCUGACGAUUAGCCAUCUGGAGAGGAGGGCCGAGAUCCACCAUGCCGUGGAAGAUGCAAUGGACGCCCUUCAACGGGAUCCCCGUUGUCAGGCGGGUACGGCUUUGGGCGACCUCCUCAAGCUGAUCCGGGAAGGCCUUCUGAAGAUCGACCCGCAAGACCGGUUCACAGCUCCCGAAAUUCAGGAUGUUGUGGAAAGGAUUGUUCGGGACGCCAGGCCAGAUUCUCUGUACUUGCUCAACACGUCAAAUCGGCCCUCACCGGUUCCGUCGAUAUUCAGAUAUGUUAGUCCUCCUGUUUCUUAGAUGGAUGGUUUCAACAGAGAGAUAUGCUACUUCUUUUUUUGGUCCUGCGAUGGCACGAACCAUACUUUCUCGGCAUUUUACAAUCCUUGGCUUUGGUGACGUUUGAGACCAUGGCAAUUUCG